UGUGAUGCGAUCGAUGUUGUUGUGUUGUUAGCGCCGUAAAAAUUGCGAAUUUCACAAAAAGUCUCAAAUAAAAGCUACCAAACUUCUAAGGAACAGGCUAUAUUUGCGCAAAAAGACUUCAGCAUGGAUUGCCAAACAUGCGGCGAAAAGUUUUUCAGCCCUGACGAUGGAGACAACCUGGAAAAUCACAAAACAAUUUACACCCUAUUGACUACGAUUGAGAUGAGUCAAUUUACGCUGGAUGAUGUGUUGAAGGUCUGCAUGAGGUGUUCGGCAAGGCUCACAGAAAUUGAAGACUUCCGGCUGGUCUGCCUGAGCGUUUACCAGAAGCUUCACGGUGUGAAAAUCGAGCCUCUUGAAGAUGCAUUUCAUCAGGAACUGGUAUCAGUAGAAUUUAAAGAAGAACUAACUAAUGAGGAUACUGUGAAUUUCGAGCCUGAAAAAUCAAACCGAACUAAAAAAUCCAAACAAAUCGUUGAGGAGGAAGACGACGACGACGACGACGACGACGCCGACAAUGACAGUGAUGAUGAUGAAAAUAUUAAAAAUUCCCCGGAAAGUGACAGUGAAGAAAAUACAGAUGAGGACAGCGAUUACAAGGACAAGGAAGAAAGUGGCAAGCGGAAAAAGCGCCAAACAAAAGCUGCAGACAAGCCGAAAAAACCACGUGCCAAGUGGGGCAGCAAGAAGAACCUCAAACCAUCCGAACCGCGUACACUAUUUCCGUGCGGCCAGUGCGAUAAAGUGUUCCACGUGGCGCAUCGACUGGAGGCUCACAAGCGUACGCAUCUAGGACUGAAACCGUUCUACUGUGCAAAGUGUGACCGAGGAUUUACCUCGUACCGCAAUCACAAAAAGCACAACAAGCUACUACAUUCGGAAACGACCCGGGUAACAUAUCCCUGUCAGCAUAACGGCUGCACGGCCGUGUUCCUUACCGAAAAAGGAUGCCGCAAUCAUUUCUCGGAAAAUCAUGAUCCAAAUUACGUCCCGCCGGAACCGGCUCAAUUGUUCGUGUGUGACGUCUGUGGAAAAGCUUACCCGAGCAGGAGUUCACUGAAGACGCACAGCUACAGCCACGACAAGGACAACAUGCCCUUCAAGUGUACUAUUUGUGGAAAAGGUUUUCCGCUGAAAAAUAAGUUAAAAGUUCACAUUAUGAGACAUAAGGGUGAGAAGAAUUUUACUUGCCCCGAUUGUGGCUUGCAGAAAGUUUCACAGCACGAACUGACCGCGCAUAUCCGUUUGGUUCACACCCGAGAAUGCACACAAGUGUGCGAUAUAUGCUCGCACGAGUUCACUUGCCUGGACGGAUUGAAGAUCCAUGUGCGCACCGUACACCAGGGCUUGAAACCCUAUGAGUGCCAGGUGUGCGGAACCUGCUUUGGGAAGAAGCAUCACCUGAACCGACACAUGAAAUCUCAUAUACGGGACGGUUUGUGGACGCAAGAGCCUCGCCGCCGCGAUAUACUUGUGAAGUAGAUGAGUAUUUUUUUUUAUUUUUUAAUCUGUCGAUCUUCCGAGAGAUUUUAUGCCGUUUGGCGUUAAGUCAUUUGGCAUAAUGGUCGUUUUUUCGGUCCCAACAGCGUCCGAUUAACGAGCGAGUAAUGUAUUUCCAUUUUUUUAACUUGUGUUAUUUCAUUAACUUUUAUAUUUUUGAUGCCAAACGGCCAUUAUGAUUUAUGCCAAAUGACUUUAAGCCAAACGGCGUACGACAUUUCCGAGGAAGAUUUUCACGACCGCAACUGUUUAAAGUACGAUGAUUGGAGUAGAUAAUUUAAACAUUAUGCAUUUUUCAGUUCAAAAUAGGUAUCUUGAAAAGUUGAAUACUAGAACCCAUCGUCCGUCAUACUUUUUGAUACAAAUUUUUAUAUGAUUUUAUAAGCUGUGAGGAGUACAGUUGAUUGGCAAUGGACAAACGUGCAAUAAUAACGAAAGACGUUAUUAUUAUUUUCGUUAUGGGGUUUCUUAUAAACGGUGCCGUUACCCUUGAGCAUUUACAAAAUGUCAGUCGAAAAAAGUAGUAGAGUCAAGGUCUCGAGGUUGCUGAAGGUCUAGUCUUAUCUUUGUAGUUAAUUCCUGAGAUAGGAUGCACACUACUUAGACACUUUCCAACAAGGCUGGGUCAUUCGGCCGAAAGUCGUUAGACGAAAGGCAUAUCCGGUCGAAGAAUGUUGAAUCAGGCCCAAAGGAUGUUAGGUCGAAUGAUCACUAAGCUGAAUGAACGUUGGAUAAGACAAUCUUCGACGCCAGCCUGCAUGGAAGGCUAAAUAGACGCUAGCCCGAAUGAUCAUUACACGGAGAAAAUAGACGACUGUUGUUUUAAUUAUUUCAGCUGGUUAUACAAUAACAAAGCGUAGUUGAUUUAACUAUAAAUAUGAUAGACCUCACUACAAACUGAUGAUUGACCUUACGCAAUCAACUAUGAAUAUAAUAGUUUCAACUAUUUUGGUAUAAUUGAUUCAAUUGUAAAUUUGAUUGAUUUUAUGCAUUUGACUAUAAAUAUAAUAGAUUAAACUAUACAUUUCUGUUUGACCCCUCACAUUCAACUGUAAAUAUCAUAGAUUCAAUCUAAAUCUAAAUCUAAAUUGUAUGCUUGAUUUUAGGCAUUCAACCAUAAAUAUAAUAGAUCCAAAUAAUAGUAAAAUUGAUUAAACUUUAAAUAUGAUAGAUUCAACUACAAAUGUAUGAUUGAUUUAAGACAUUGAACUAUACAUAAAGUUAAUUCAAAUAUAUUUUUAUGAUUGAUUGUGUGAUACUUGAAUAAUUAUUACACAUCCAAACACUACAUGCUCAUAAGUGUAGCUAGAGUGCCGACUCAGUCAAUGGCUGGUGAUAGAGAAACAAGAGAGAUCAAUAGUGGGAAAGAUCACAUGCGGGAUAUACAUGGUGUUUCGAUAGAAGGUCCAGCAGUUGAUCGGUACAGCUCGACAUGUGCGCUCGUGUCGGUCGAUUCCAUCACAUUCACCGUGGUGAAAUUGGCUAACGCGCCGUUGUACUGAAGCGAAGAUCGCGGUUUGAAGUCCUGCCGGUGAGCCGUUGUAUCUUUUUCGAAAAAUUCAUGAUAAUUGCGGCUUAUGUUCUUUGUUUCUUUAAUACCUCAUGUUUCUCUAAUACUAGCCAUCAUCUUCGAAAAUUUGAUUAUAUUUAGGUACAAAGAUGUACCAAGCGAUUUUAUAACAUUAGUAUUGAUUUCAAAAUAAAAAUAAAUGCAGGAAAACUAAAAAAAACAAUUAUUUAAUAUAGUUGAACGCAUAAAAUCAAUCAUAGAAGUAUAAUUGAUUCAAUCCAUAUUUAUAGUUAAAUCAACCGUAGCCGUAGAAUCUACAAUAUAUUUAGUUGAAUGCUCAACAUCAAUCAGUAUAUAUAGUUUAAUUUAUUAUAUUUAUGGUUGAAUCAAUCAUACAAUUGUAAUUGGAGCUAUCAUAUUUACAGUUGAAUUCAUAAAAUCAAUCAUUCAAAUAUAGUUGAAUAUUUAAUAAAAAUAGUUGGUCGAGAACCAAUCAUCAAUAUGAUUGAAUAUAAGAGAAAUCUAUUUGAUAAAACUUUACUUUUUCCGUCUACAAAUGAAUUUUAGAUGGAAUGACGCAAUAAGUUAUUUGGCCGAAGGUUGUUAGGCCGAAUCGAUUCUAUGUCUAACGACCAUUCGGCCUAAUAUCCUCUCGACUUACCGUGCAUUCGGUCUAGUGUUUAUUUGGGCUCACAUUCAUGCAGCCAAACAACCUUCGGCCGAAUAAAUAAUUGCAUCAAUGUGCUAUUUAAUCAGCCACAUCUUUUCACAGUGAAUUUGGGCUGAAACCCUUUCAAUCUAACGACCAUUCGGCAUAUUGUCCUAUUCGGCGACUUUGGGUCGAAAGUCUCAGACGAUGAAGUCAUCCUUACACUGCAAGGCAAUCACAGAGUUUUGGGAAAAUUCAAUAAAAUUUUGACAAAUACUGUUAUAAUGAUGAGUGCUAUUUUAACAGUUGGCGUAACCUGGUGAUUUUAUUUUUGUAGCAGUUUUGUUAAGUUCUAUCAUAUUCACCUAUUUAAUCCAUAUCUUCACAAUAGUCUUUUUCCAAAAAUUAUUAAAUUUUCCGAAAUUUUCUUACAUUUUACCGAACGCUCGUAGAUUUUGUUGAACUUUCGUAGAUUACACCAAACUGACGCUUUUUUGACGGAACAACCGUUUGUUUUUACCGAAAUUGUUUUUGUCUUGCCAAUUUGCCUAUCAUCAGUAUGGUGGCAGCCAAAAGGAUUAUGUUGAAUUUCGAAAACCGACCAUAUACAAUUUGUAGAUUGUCCCAAAAACUGAUCUGUGCUAAAUUUCAGCUCAAUCGGACUUGAUUUAGGGGACCUCCUCAAAGCGCUCGAAGUUUUGUUUUCACCCUUAAAAAUAACCAAGGGGGGGGGGGCAAGGAAAUUGAUUUAAAAAUACAUAAAACAUCGAAAUAUAGUGUUGAGUAUUUAAAAAAAACUUGUCAAAAAUCGAUUUCGAAAUUUUAAAAAUUACGCAAGGGAGGAGGGGGUGGCAAAGGAAAUGCGGGAAAUAGAAAUUGCAGUUUAAAUGCCAAAUGUCUUGAACGUUGAGAUCUACUGCUUUCUCAGACAAAAAUUUUUGGCAUACAAUCGGCUUUCAGCCUUUUUCAGAAAACCGACUGAGUCCCAAAAAGUCAAUUUUUGGUGAAAAAUUUAUUGGCAUCAAAAUUAAUAUUACGAUUUUCCGAAUUUCCUUUGCCACCCCAAUUUGGAAGUCGAUUUUUGACAAACGAUUUCCUUUUUUUUGAGAAAACACCAGAUUUCAACGUUUUGUACAUUUUUAAAUCAUUUGGAAUAAAAAUGAAAAUUAAGAUUUUUUCAGAUUUCCUUUGGACCCUUCUUCUGGUGAUUUUUGAGGGUAAGAUACCAAAACUUCGAGCGCUUUGAGGCACCCCUAAAUCAAGUCCAAUUGAGCCGAAAUUUUGCACAGGUCAGUUUUUUGGACCAAUCUACAAAAUGUACACUGUUGGUUCUCAAAAUUGAAUUAUGAAAUUAUUCGUCAUCAGCUUGUAAAUAUUUUAAAAUCGACAUCCAAAAUUAAUCUUGAACAGUACAGUAUUUUUGAGCCACUAACCUCAAAAAUCUAUCAAAAUAUGAAGUGAAUGACAAAUUAGAAUUUCUAAUUUGUGUUUCAGUACCAAUUUCUGGAGGUAAAACAGCAACUGCCAAAUGGUAACCGCAGAAAAAAAAAUGUAUUCAAGGCAAAGGAAAACUAAUUCAGGAUAUCAGUCAUAAAAAGAAAGAUAAUCGAAAAGUUAAAAAGACCCUUACUAGAAUAAAGCCCAAAAAGCUUUAUAUGAACUCGGAGUUUUCCGAGCGUUUCUCGAUGAUGAGAUGUGUCUGUAACUCGAACAAAAACUGAAAAUUUCCAUUUCGCAUAAAUAAGUUUUGUAUUCAAAGCAGUGAAGCGUAUAAAACCUGUAAGUUGCAUCAGUUAAAUACUAAAUAAGUAUUGUGAAUCGUCGAAGCGGGAUGUUUAAAAACACACAUGUAACUUUUCAAGAAGCUAGAAAAUAUAAUAU